CUCAAAGAUUAUUUGAUAUUUAAAAUCUCCGCGAAUGUUCAAUGAACAGCUAGAUCCAUCCACACCAUCAGAAACUCUCCGACAUUCCGCAAAAACACUAGGAAACCCGAGAAUCUAGGUCGCACGUGUUUGGAUGUUUAUAGUGGGUAAAUUGAAGGUCCCGGGAUUAACGAUUAUAACGAAUCGUUUACGUCACUACUUUCGGAACAUGGACGCCAAGGAACUCCAGCCUCCCACCUCGGUGCGCGGAAUGCAGGAGCUCCAAAGGGAUCAGUUCAAGAAGAGAGUCCAGGUGCCCAGAUUACGGGUUCCGGAGUCUCAAGUGCAACGCGUGAUGCCGCUGGUCAAGAAGUUCCUGCUCAAGAUGGAGCACCUGCAUCCUGUCCGAGCUGUGGAUAAGUCCCGGGAGAUCCUGCUGCAUCCAACGCCAGUCAAGAACUGGGAAUCCCUGCCCACAGAGGAUCUGCAAAAGCGGGAAGUCACCUCUGAGAACUUCUCGUUCGCCGAAAUCGAGUUGGGCUAUGAAAACUGGAGUGCCAACGACAUCUUGAAAAGCGUGCUGCCCACGGAGGAGGAAGGUCUCACCUCCUACUCCCGCAUUGGCCACAUUGCCCAUCUCAAUCUGCGGGAUCACCUGCUGCCUUAUAAGCAGCUCAUCGGCCAGGUGCUCCGCGACAAACUGCCCAAUUGCCGCACGGUGGUCAACAAAGCAUCCUCCAUUGACAACACCUACCGCAACUUCCAGCUGGAACUGAUCUGCGGGGAGCCGGAGUACCAGGUGGAAACCAAGGAGAACGGAGUGCCCUUCGAGUUUGACUUUUCCAAGGUGUACUGGAAUCCCCGCCUUUCGACGGAGCACGAAAGGAUUGUCAAAACGCUUAAAUCGGGAGAUGUUCUCUAUGACGUAUUUGCUGGCGUGGGUCCGUUCAGUGUUCCUGCUGCCAAGAAGCGCUGCCAUGUCCUGGCCAAUGACCUGAAUCCCGAGAGCUUCCACUGGCUGCAACAUAAUGCCAAGAGAAAUAAGUGCCUGGCUAAUAUAAAAACGUUUAACAAGGAUGGCAGGCAGUUUAUACUCGAAGAGCUGCGGGAGGAUUUGUUAAAGCGUCUGCUGAACACAGAUACCACCACUUAUGCCAUCCAUAUAACAAUGAACCUACCAGCUAUGGCUGUGGAGUUCCUCGAUGCAUUUCGUGGCCUCUACAAAGCAGAGGAACUGGCUGAGUUGCCUGAAAACGUGUCCUAUCCCACCGUUCAUGUUUACUCCUUUGCCAAGGGUGAGAACACCAAGGAGUUGGUGCGCCUUCUGGUGGAGAGCAAUCUGGGUGCCAGCCUAGACGACAACCUGCUCGAAGGAAUCAACUUUGUGAGAAAUGUGGCCCCCAAUAAGGACAUGUACAGGGUUUCCUUUAAGCUAUCCCUUAACUUGCUAACCACCUCGAAAGAUAUUGAAAUCAAGAGAAAGCGUUGUGCGGAGGAGGAGGAGGUGGCCGCCACCAAAGUGAAAUGUGUUUGAUACAAUAGAUACAAUAAAGUUGUAACAUC